UCGAUUUAUCAUCACAGUCUCGUCAUGAUCAUGAAUAACUUCUAUUUAUUGAUCGCAGUAAUUGUGGUGAUUCUUCCACUAGCACUUAGCAAAGACUACUGCAGUGGGGUGUACAAGAAGGUCUGCGAAAAUAAAGGUGAACAUGUUGGAUGUCGACCUAAAGACUUUCGAGAUUAUCCAUCGUGCAGUAACCAACAUCCGAAAAUGAUCGCCAUGAAAUCGAACUACAAAAAUUAUAUUUUAAAGCGCCAUAAUCAGCUUAGAAACAAGCUUGCUAGCGGUACAAUGAGUUCUACGCACGGAACCUUCCCAAGCGCCAUGAAUAUGUCGGAAUUGAAAUGGGACGAUGAAUUAGCGAAACUAGCUGAAUAUAAUGUUAAGCAAUGCACUAUGAAUCAUGACCGUUGCAGAAGCACAGCCAAGUUUCCUGAUGCUGGUCAAAAUAUCUACUACUCGUCAUGGUCUCAAAAACGAUCGAAGGAUAAGACAAAGCUUAUCGGUGAAGCAAUCCAAGCAUGGUGGGAUGAGCAUAAAGAUUUCUACAUUAACGAAGUCGCCAAAUUCGAAGGUCAAAGCAGAGGAGUUCUGCAUUUUACCGCUAUGGCUGUUGAUUAUCAAACACAUGUUGGAUGUGCCAUUUCGGAAUACGAUUAUGCUGGCACUGGAGACACAUUUUUAAUGACCUGCAACUAUUCAUCAUGGACUUGGAUGGGUCAACCGAUCUACAAGAAGGGGCGUGCCUGUUCGAAGUGUAGGAAAUGCGACAAAACCUACAAAUCUCUCUGUGAAUAGAUGAGACCAUAAUAAUAAUGUAACUUCAGGGCGAAUGGAAUUAAAAUCGAUUUCAUACAAAUGUUCUAAAGAAUAUGUCGUUUUAAAUUCUAUC